AUGUCGCGGAGGCUGCUGCCCCGGGCGGAGAAGCGGCGUCGGCGGCUCGAGCAGAGGCAGCAGCCGGAGGAGCAGCGGAGGCGGUCGGGAGCGAUGGUGAAGAUGGCGGCGGCGGGCGGCGGAGGCGGCGGCGGCCGCUACUACGGCGGCGGCAGUGAGGGCGGCCGGGCCCCUAAGCGGCUCAAGACUGACAACGCUGGCGACCAGCACGGAGGCGGUGGCGGCGGUGGUGGAGGAGCCGGGGCUGCGGGCGGCGGGGAGAACUACGAUGAUCCGCACAAAACCCCCGCCUCCCCAGUUGUCCACAUCAGGGGCCUGAUUGACGGCGUGGUGGAAGCUGACCUCGUGGAGGCCUUGCAGGAGUUUGGGCCCAUCAGCUAUGUGGUGGUAAUGCCUAAAAAGAGACAAGCAUUGGUGGAGUUUGAAGAUGUGUUGGGAGCUUGCAACGCCGUGAACUACGCUGCCGACAACCAAAUCUAUAUUGCUGGCCACCCAGCUUUUGUCAAUUACUCUACCAGCCAGAAGAUCUCCCGCCCUGGGGACUCGGAUGACUCCCGGAGCGUCAACAGCGUGCUUCUCUUUACCAUCCUGAACCCCAUCUAUUCCAUUACCACGGAUGUUCUUUACACUAUCUGUAACCCUUGUGGCCCUGUCCAGAGAAUUGUCAUUUUCCGGAAGAAUGGAGUCCAGGCCAUGGUGGAAUUUGACUCUGUGCAGAGCGCCCAGCGGGCCAAGGCCUCGCUCAAUGGGGCUGAUAUCUAUUCAGGCUGUUGCACUCUGAAGAUUGAAUAUGCGAAGCCUACGCGUUUGAACGUGUUCAAGAAUGAUCAGGAUACUUGGGACUACACAAACCCCAACCUCAGUGGACAAGGUGACCCUGGCAGCAACCCUAACAAACGCCAGAGGCAGCCCCCUCUCCUGGGAGAUCACCCCGCAGAAUAUGGAGGGCCCCACGGUGGGUACCACAGCCAUUACCAUGAUGAGGGCUACGGGCCCCCCCCACCUCACUACGAAGGGAGAAGGAUGGGCCCACCAGUGGGGGGUCACCGCCGGGGCCCAAGUCGCUACGGCCCCCAGUAUGGGCACCCCCCACCCCCUCCCCCACCACCCGAGUAUGGCCCCCACGCUGACAGCCCUGUGCUCAUGGUCUAUGGCUUGGAUCAAUCUAAGAUGAACUGUGAUCGAGUCUUCAAUGUCUUCUGCUUAUAUGGCAAUGUGGAGAAGGUGAAAUUCAUGAAAAGCAAACCGGGGGCCGCCAUGGUGGAGAUGGCCGAUGGCUAUGCUGUGGACCGGGCCAUUACCCACCUCAACAACAACUUCAUGUUCGGGCAGAAGCUGAAAGUCUGUGUCUCCAAACAACCAGCCAUCAUGCCUGGUCAGUCAUAUGGGCUAGAAGACGGGUCCUCAAGUUACAAAGAUUUCAGUGAAUCACGGAACAACCGGUUCUCCACUCCGGAGCAGGCUGCCAAGAACCGCAUCCAGCACCCUAGCAACGUGCUGCACUUCUUCAACGCCCCUCUGGAGGUGACUGAGGAGAACUUCUUUGAGAUCUGCGAUGAGCUGGGAGUGAAGCGGCCAUCUUCAGUGAAAGUAUUCUCAGGCAAAAGUGAACGCAGCUCGUCUGGGCUGCUGGAGUGGGAAUCCAAGAGUGACGCCCUGGAGACUUUGGGCUUCCUGAACCAUUACCAGAUGAAAAACCCAAACGGUCCAUACCCUUACACCCUGAAGUUGUGUUUCUCCACCGCUCAGCACGCCUCAUAAGAUGCCAAGGAAGAGUCCCAUCUGAGCAGGAAAACAUUUCUUUUCCUUAAUGGUAUUGUUUUGCAAAAGUUCCUGUAUUUUCUUUUUUUUUUUUUUUUUAAUGCUAGGUUAGUAGAAGCUUAACCAUAAUGGAAAUGCUGGAAGUCUGGAGGGGGAGGGGAAGGUAAUUGAUAUCUCCCAAGAUUAACCUUCACUUUUUAAAAAUUAUUGUACAUGUGAUUUUUUUUUUUUCCUUGUUCAUACAUUUGUGCUGCCCAUGUACUCUUGGCACAUUUCAAUAAAAUGGUUUGGAAAAUAAACCACUUUCUGGGA